AUAAGUCAUCACUCCAUUCACUCCAUCUAAUAAACCAACAUCCUAAUAGCAUGAAGGUACGACGAAAACGAAUCAAAUUCAUCUCGCGUUACAAAACUAUUAAUUGAUGAUUUUUGUGUAUAGGGUUUCAGCAUCGGAAUAUUGGCCAUGUGUGCCACAACUUGUCUCGUGGUUCAAGCUGAACACGGCAAACAUCACGGCUAUUGGAAAGAGCACCACCAUCCCGCCUAUUACAAGUACGGCUACAAAGUGCACGACGACUACCACGGUACGGAUUUCGGCCACAAUGAGCAUCGCGAUGGACACGUCACCAAAGGCGAAUAUCACGUCAAGUUGCCCGAUGGUCGCGUGCAAACCGUCACCUACUACGUGGAUGGUUACAAGGGCUACGUGGCUGAGGUCAAGUACCAUGGCAAGGCCCAUCAUCCCCAUGUGAAACCGCAUAAGGGCUACGGGCAUGAUCACGGGCACGAUCACGGUGGCCACUCGGAAGUGUAUGGCCAUCAAAAGCCAGGUCAUGAUCACGAGUAUCAUAAGCAUGAACAUCAUGAACAUGGACACGAUCAUGGACACGGAGGACAUUCGGAGGUGUAUGGACAUCAGAAACCAGGACAUCAUCAUCAUAAAGGCUAUGGCCACUAGGACAUAUUAUUAGAGUGACUGUUUUGAUGAGCUUUUGGCAUAGAAGCUUUUUGCACUUGUUUUCAUUCCGCAUUACCUUUAAUUAUUUUUCAUUGAAUAAACAAUAUUCGGAAACGAAUUUUAAAUGACACUACUUUUGGGGAGAAUUUAGCUAACCAGGGAUAACUUGCAUCCUGGUAAAGAUGUAAUGGCUCGCUUCCCUGGUUGGGCAAGGCUCAACUUUUUGGUUUUAGCAUUCUCCAAUCAUUUGACCAAUGAAUAUAGGCAGGAUUUCUAUUUCAGUACAUUGUGUUUU